AUGCAACAUGAUGGGGCAGGUAAUACGUGUGGUACACCUGGACAUGAAGGAGCAAAAAUUAUGGCUGCUCAACUGACCAAAGGCACAACACCAUUUUUAUGGUCAAGCUGCAGCAGUGAAUACAUCACCGACUUUCUCGAUUCUCGACGAGGAUACUGCCUGGAAAAUGCGCCCGUCGAAAAGGAUUUUGAAUUUCCAGAAGAACUGCCAGGCAAACAUCAUAAUGUCGAUCAACAAUGCAAACUUCAGUUCUAUUCAAAGUCGACAGGAUGCAAACCGCUGGAGGUUUGUCGUCAAUUGUGGUGCCUUAACGGGAGUGGCAAAUGCGUAACAAAUGGGAUUCCUGCUGCAGAUGGGACCCAGUGCCAGAUUGCACGGCGCCGAAAGAAAGGUAUGUACAUAUCUGUUCAUAUCUAUCUCUCUCUCUCUUUCUCUCUCUCUCUCUCUAUAUAUAUAUAUAUAUAUAUAUCACUGACUGAAUAUCUAUCUAUCUAUCUAUCUAUCUAUCUCACUGACUGCAUAUCUAUCUAUCUAUCUAUCUAUCUAUCUAUCUAUCUAUCUACCGAAUCAUAUUCAUCUCAUGAAUCAUAUCUAUCUAUCUAUCUAUCUAUCUAUCUGAAUGCAUAUCAUCUAUCCAUCUAUCUAUCGAUCUAUCUCACUGAAUGCAUAUCAUCUAUCUAUCAUCUAUCAUCUAUCCAUCUAUCGAUCUAUCUCACUGAAUGCAUAUCUAUCUAUCUAUCUAUCUAUAUAUCUAUCUAUCUAUCUAUCUCACUGACUGCAUAUCUAUCUAUCUAUCUAUCUAUCUAUCUAUCUAUCAUCUACUGA